AGGAGAACGCGCCAUAUUCGAACAGCAUUUCUCCAACUGUAGUCUCCUGGAAAGCGCCAUUAGAGUGGGAGGUGAGCUUAGCUAGCGGCGCGUCGACCCUAGAUGAUCAUCGUCUAUCAUCAGUGACAGAACUCUCGACAGGGAGCACAGCCGACAACCUGACGCACUUCCAGCGCUUCAUUCGGCGUAUGGAGACCGCCGGACCCAGAAUAAUCCUCGACCGACUGAGAGAGGAAUGGCACGACGUAGACGAAGAAACAGACGACGAAUUGAAACUAGAGAAACAGCUUUGGGUGUUAACAGCCUUGCAAUUGCAAAUUCUGGACAAUUCUGCGGCGCCAACCCAAGAUAGCCCAGGACAGCUACUCCGAGUGCCCUCAACGACGCAACCGAUAGGCCACAAGAAGAAGAUCCUGGAGCUAUACAGCAACAUCGCCGAGGUCUACCAACUCUCCGCCAUGCAGGCGAGAGCAAAGAUAUACUACCUCUCCACAAAGCCACAGGGCCAAGUCACGCUACCAGCAAACGUCUCAUACCUAAGCGUUCCCCUAGCUGGCUCAGCUCCCUUCCCCUAUGCUGCAAGUUCAUUCAAUCACAUUCGAGCAAGCUCCUUGCCAUCGUUCGUCCCUAGCGCCAAACUCCCUCAAGUCUUCAGAGAAUGCUACCGACUACUUGCUCCAGGAGGCGUGUUGGAGAUACGCCUCAUGGACUCUUGCCCAGACCGUCAAACGGCGGGUCCUAAGAUGCGCAUGUGGAUGGAAGACAGGGUGUCGCUCAACCUCGAGAAGUCCUUCAGGUGCUCGAGGCCAUGCAUGCUCGUGCCGACUUGGGUGGAGGAGGCUGGGUUUAGCUUGGAGAACAAAGACUCGGAGAGUACGACUCAGAAAUUGCAGAUUCCGACGGCGGUGGAUUCCACUGACGGAGCUGUCAAUGAUGAACUCUUCACUCUUGUGGGGCGAGCGCUCUGGAAAGACGUGUGGGGAGAAUUUGUUGAUGACGUGCCCGGAGAGCCCAAGUGGUUCUGGGAAGACGAGUCGAUCAUGGAGGAGUGUUUGGCAAGGAAGACGGUUAUCGAGUGCUGUACGCUGUUUGCGUUCAAGCAGUGAUGGUAGCCUUCUUUUUUGUGUCUCUCAUAUGUAAUGAAACUUCGUUCCCUUACUUCCUUUGGUCGGAGUACGCUGGCAGUGAGCGUCAGGCGAUUGUUCUCCUUUAUACCCUAAUUCUCUCAAGGAUUGAAUGAUUUCUUACUUCUUCCUCUAC